AUGGACAGCCUGGGCUGGAAGGUGGGUUUGAAUCCCUCCCUCCAGGAUGAACUUCUUCAGACCCACCUAGUGUACGACUGGAAGCUGAAGUGUCUUGAGAAAGCAAUUCUGAAACUACAGAAUAACACCCGGUCUAGCAUGGCAUCUGUCCUGGGUGUGGAAAGCCUUGUGGGAGGGUUUAGGCUGCUGGCGGUGGCAGUGGGGACAGCCCAGCGGGAGGUAGUGGCCUUUCUGGAAGAGAAGGGGAGCAUGGCUGUGAACCAGACCAAGGGGAUAAAGACCCACUUAGAGCACAAGUGAGCCUUCAUUGAGAGUAAGCUCAAACUGGAGAAGAUGCCUGCUCACAGCACCAAGUGCCUCUUCUUAAAAUUGAGAGCUGGAGACAACCAAAAAGUGACCGGCACUGCUGCCUGGGAACAGCUGUACCCAGAUCAUCCUGGAAGAUUUGAACACUGGCAUCAGGUGCUGUUUGACAAGAGUUUGUACUUUAGUCACUACUACUUUGAGGUUGAGAUAGCUGGGGCUGAUGUUUACCUUGGCAUGAUGUACAGAAGCAUUCACCAGACAGGUUCAGAAAGCAAUAGCUGCACCUUGGGGAACAAUUUCUCCUGGAGCAUCCUGCAGAAUGGGAAAGGGUUUUCUGCAUGGCAUGGUGAUGUGGAGAUGCCUCUCAAAAUGGAUGUGUUUGGUGGGAUAGGGGUCUACCCAAAAUACCCCAACAGGACCUUGUCCUUUUCUGGACGUCACCUACGAUGA